AACAUUUAGUGAGUUUUCUUUCCUACAGUGAGUUGUAAUUACGAGUGGAUUGUGUAGCUGUGUCGCUAUGAAAGGAAUAAUUCUUUUGGAAAUAAUUUUUGCUGUAUUUCUGGCCACGUUUACAUAUUCAGUUGAAGCAAAUUAUGUGAAACCUUUUCGAGAAAUGCAACAAAUUUAUGAAGCAACUUUUGAGAAUAAAUCCAUCGAUAUUGUAACAAGAAUUAUUAAUGGAGAAAUAGCCAGUGAGGGACAAUUUCCCUAUCAAGUUCGUUUGCUUUUUUACGGAUCGGACAAUUGUACUGCAAGAAGACUUCGUUGUGGUGGAAGUAUCAUAGCGAAAAAUUGGGUGCUAACUGCUGGUCACUGUACUGCUCCGACUCCUGGUUUGAUGGACACAAUCUUUGCAAUUCAAAUACAAGCUGGAUUAAUUAUUAUCGAUGAACCACGUCAGCGAAAAAUUGUUUUGGUAUCCAAUAGUUUCCCCCAUCCAGAAUACAAUCCCACAACAUUGGAAAACGAUCUUGGGCUUGUGAAGGUGGAUUCUUACUUUGAUUUCAGUACUCCCUAUGUCAAACCGAUUCCCUUAGUUGCAGCUAAUACGGAUAAGGCAACAUAUGUUGGGAAAAUAGUUACUGCUUCCGGUUUUGGAUAUAUUGAAAAUGAUGGUCCAGUUUCAAAUGAAUUGCGCUACACCCAACUUAAAGUUAUUGAUUUUUCUACCUGUCAGCAACUGUAUGCAGGUGAUACUAUAGCAAAUUCGUCGUUCUGUGCUGAAGGCUUUGGUACCCCAAAAGGUGCCACGUGUGAAGGUGAUUCCGGAGGACCUAUUACCCUGCUUAUGAAUGGGAAAACCAUACAAAUUGGGCUUGUUUCAUAUUCAAAUGGCAAUGGUUGUGAUACAGCUCCUGGAGGCUACACAAAUGUUGCUCAAUUCGUUCCUUGGAUACAGAAAGUAAUGCGCGAAAAUAAAUAUUAAAUAUAAAAUGUUGCAAAAACUAAAAAAGUUUUUUUUUAAUAAAAUUUUUAAGAUCUGUAAUUAUUUCAAAGAAUUACAAAGGUAAAUCGGAUUAAUAAAAGAAAAAAAACAGCUGAGGCUGGAACAUAUAACACUGAAACAUAUAAAAUGUACAGAUUAAUGUAGAGAAUAGAUUCAGAAAUAAAACAAUUAAAAAAAAAUCGAAUAAAUAAA